AUGUUCGUGGCGAUCGACCCGGCUGCCGUACUGCGAUUUCGCAUCGUUGAGAUGGAACGCAAGCAACCGAUCCAAUCCGACAAUUUGAUCGAAUUGAUCAAACGUCUGGUGAUAGUCAUCCUCCGUCCGCAAAUCGUAUCCCGCUGCGAAGACGUGACAGGUAUCGAAACAGACACCCAACCUUUCAGGAUAUUUCGAUUCAUCUAUAAUCUCACGCAGGUGCUCAAAGCAGUAUCCCAGAUUCGUUCCUUGCCCCGCCGUUGUCUCUAA